AUGUCGCUACACGCGUUCUGGGGCCCAAGUCGGGCAUUGAGUACUGGAAGCUUGCCUGCAGCGUCUUCUUCGAGGCAAUCUACCGAUCUCAAUGAGCCGUUGUCAUCAAUCGAGCAAACACCUGAUGCAUUAGAUCAACAACUUCAACGAUCUACCUGCCCUCCGCACUCUCUCUCGUUCCCAAUUAAUUGGGGUGUGCUUCGGCGGCACGAUGGCACGAUUCUCAAGGGUAUACAGUAUCGCAUACGAGACAAGAAGAGCGUGGGCAGACGAGUAAAGGUCUCGUGGAUCUAUUCACAUGGGGCCGAGCUUGAGCAUAUUAAUGACAAGUACUUCCUCUGCGCCGAUUGCCAUACUAAGAAGCGGUAUAUCGGCCAGCUGUUUGCGGCAGAGUCGACGACAGCUGCAAUCCAGCACCUUAUGGAGUUCCACAAGAUAAAAAGGCCCUCAAAUUCGACCGACGAUGACGACGAUACUGACAUCAACACCGCUGCGGCGGGGGUCUUCCAGCUCGCCAUGCCCCUUAAUGAGGAUGAAUAUAAGCAAAAGCUUAUUGACUGGGCAAUCAAGCUGCGCCUUAGCUACCGAGAAGUCACGGACGAGGCAACCUGUGAUUUACUAACAUACGGGAAGCCCUCCCUUGCACGGCUGCUGCCAACUCAUCACUCAACGCUCUCACGGUGGGUGAAGGAUUCGAUGGCUGCACGGUUGCCAUUCAUCAUCGACCUGGUGCAGUCUGCAGUUAGCAACAUCAACCUCUCGAUCGAUGGAUGGCGAGCUCACAACCGCAAAGAAUACGUCGCUGUUUGCGCACACUUCGUGGACGGCAAAGGCCAUCCUCGGACGCUCCUCCUUGGCUUCCCACGGCGUUACGGUGGUCACACUGGCGAAGACCUUGCAGGGCUAGUAAAACCAGUAAUUGUACAAUAUGGCAUCGGCGAUAAGCUCGGCUCCUUCGUUAUGGAUAAUGCUGGUGAUAACGACAAAUGCCUUCAGGCGUUGCAGCGUUCCUUCUCCUCGAUCGAUCCGGAAGCAGACCGUAUUCGAUGUAUCGGCCAUGUUAUCAAUCUUGUCGUUAAGGCUCUCCUAUUUGGCGAAGGCGUCAGCGCAUGGGAGAAAAAACUUAUUGAGGCUUCGGAGGAGCAGCGCGUAGCUCUCUGGGCCCUCAAAGGCGUAAUUGGCAAGCUGCAUAACCUGGUUCUGUAUAUUAAUCGCAACGAUGCGCGUCGCGAGGCAUUGAGAGCUCGUAUGCGCGUCACGAGAACCAGCGACGGCAAGCUCUUCGUUGGUGUGCUCCUCAAUGACGGUGGCAUUCGAUGGAACGCGACAUUCUACAUGGUCGAGCGUGCACUUAAGUGUCGCCCUGCCAUCGAUCUAUACCAGGCGCAGUGGAAGCCUCCAGAUAAAAACGACAAGCAUAAGGACGACUUCCUUACCGAAGCUGACUGGCACGAGCUUGAGCUUUUCUAUAAGCUCUUGCAACCCUUCGAGCGACUCACGAAGCGACUGCAAAGCCGUGCAGAUGGCGAGGGUAACGAGGGUGGCCAAGGCUCGGUGUGGCAAGUACUCUAUGCCAUGGACUUCCUGCUCACGAAGCUUGAAGGCGUCAAAGAAGAUAUUGACGUUGUGAAUGCGGAUGACAAGGAUGCCGUUCCUCUCUACUACCGCGCUGGCGUGCUCGCUGCAUGGUCAAAGAUCAACACCUACUAUGGGCUUACCGAUAAGUCGCCUAUCUAUCGCAUGGCCAUCGCCCUCCACCCAGCCUACCAAUUUGAAUACUUCAGGGAGAAGUGGUGGAAGCGAGAGGACUGGAUAGAGACAGCAGCGAAAGAGCUGACUGUAUACUACGACCGCUUCGCUGCAGUCGCAGUGGCCACCGAGCAUGUCGACCAAGCCGAGACCUCAGCUCCUUCCUCACCGACGAUCGAUGACGAAUUCGAUGCUUGGGGCCAUACAACAGAUCGACCACGCUGUGGCAAGAGGAGAAAGGUGGAGACGGAGUGGGAGAUCUGGAUAAAGCAGGUGCCGUCGAAGGAUGACAGGAGUGUUAAGAAUCCUCUGGCUUGGUGGGUGGACCGUCGUCAUGCUUGGCCCAUUCUUAGCAAACUUGCUCUUAACAUCUUCAGCACACCAGCUAUGAGCGCAGAGCCAGAGCGUGUAUUCUCUGACGGCAGUGAGCUCAUCACUGACAAGCGGAACGGCCUCGGCGAUGACACAGUUGAAGCUGAGAUGAUACAGAAGAAUUGGAUUACCUCCAAGGUCUUGUGCGGGAUUGCUGCACCAAGGGGAGGACUAUAUACAUUGCCUGAUUAG